CCGUCAUGCCGCGGGUGUGAUAGUUGGGCUGAUGGCGACAGGAUUCGUCUUGGCAUGUCUUUCUAUCGUUCCUUGGUGUGGAGAGGAUGGUUUGGGUCGGUGAUAUAAACCUGCAGCCCUGUCCUCGAGCAGAGCAGAUCUUCCCUCUUGCCCAAGCAUUCAGACGAAUCCUGUCUCUUGAAUCCAAAGGCCCAAUUGGACCUCUAUACUUCGCAACAUAGUAUCCGAUCUUACGUGCAUCUUCAAGCAAACCAUGCGGCAUCCUCCCACUCCCUCCGAAGACAUACAGCCGGCUGCGCCUCCCAGUAACCAGAUCAUCGACUGGGACAUGCCGGCCGGUCACAAUCCGUCUCUGUCCCGUGUGGACGAUGGAUCGAAAGACCCGACCGGCUUCUAUUCGGUAGGAGGCAGCACAACCGUUUCCCUCUCCGGCAACCAAGGCAUCUACUAUGAUGAUACCACCUUGCUUUCGACCUUCUCCCGACACUUCCGCACUGAGAUUGAUCCCGCACAUACCGAUGUGAUUCUGGUCAUCUGCGGCUUUGUCAGUGGCCUGGUCGACGGAUUGUCUUUCAACGCAUGGGGCAGUUUCGCCAGCAUGCAGACAGGAAACACCGUCUUCAUUGCCCUCGGCGCCUCCGGGCAGCCCGCAUACCCAGCCUACCUGUGGGCCAAAUCACUCAUCGCCCUGACGACCUUCAUCGCCAGCAACAUCAUCUUCAUCCACGUCUCGCGGCUAAUCAACCCGCGCCGGCGCUCGACCUUGAUCCUCUCCUUCGGCGUGCAAACAGCCUGCAUCCUCGCCGCCGCCAUCCUCGUCCAGCUCAAAGUGGUCAGCCCCAAGCCCGAAGACCCUCGCUCCCCGAUCGAAUGGAUGCAGGUGCUGCCCAUCUCGCUGCUCGCCUUCCAAGCGGGCGGCCAGAUCUGCGCCUCCCGCAUCCUCGCCUUCGACGAGAUCCCCACCGUCGUGCUCACGACGCUGCUGUGUGAUCUGCUCGUCGACCCGAAGCUCACCUCCCGUGGCUGGCGGUCCAACCCGAAGCGGAACCGCCGGGUCGGCGCCUUCUUGGCUCUGUUCCUGGGUGCCAUGACGGCGGGUGGCUUGUCUAAGGUGACCGAGAUGUCGGCGAGUUUGUGGCUAGCGAUGGGGUUGAAGUUGGCGAUUACGCUUGGGUGGGUGGUGUGGAGGGGGGAUCGUGCGAGGAAAGAAGACAUCGAGGGGUGAAUGAGUCUCAACUUUAUCUACUACCCUCUUCAUAUUUUCUUCUAUUUUCUUUUGUUCUUUACUUGUGUUUGAUUUGAUGACUGCAUGAAUCAG